UCACUUACAUUAGCUUCCUUGGUUGUCGCCUUUGUAGGAACGUCACCUUUUUACAUCAUCAUUGUGCGCCGCUAUCACAUCCAAGAUGGCGUCGGUGGACUUAAGAGCAGAUAACCUCUUGGGAAUAUCAUGGGUUGAUAGUGGGUGGGUACCCAUUCUCAACCCCGGUAAUGUCCUGGACUAUUUUUCCGAAAGAAGCAACCCAUUCUACGACCGAACUUGCAACAAUGAAGUUGUGAAAAUGCAGCGGCUCACCCUGGACCACUUAAAUCAGAUGGUGGGAGUUGAGUAUAUCCUACUACACGUACAGGAGCCAAUCUUGUACAUCAUCCGCAAGCAGCAGCGACAGUCGCCAACCCAAGUUAUCCCCUUGGCGGAUUACUACAUCAUAGCUGGUGUGGUCUACCAAGCACCAGACUUAGGAUCAGUCAUCAGCUCCAGAGUGCUAUCAGCUGUACACGGCAUACAGUCAGCAUUUGAUGAAGCCAUGUCUUACUGUCGCUACCACCCAUCAAAGGGCUACUGGUGGAACUUCAAAGACCAGGAGGAGAAAGAGAAAUCCAAACCCAAGUCAAAGAAGAAGGAGGAGCCCAGUUCAUUCUUCCAGAGGCAGCGAGUUGAUGCUUUACUGCUAGACCUUCGGAACAAAUUCCCCCCUACAUACUACCAGCCCAAACCGGGAGAAAAGCCUGUCCCGGUGGAGGUAAAGAAAGAAUCUGAUUUACCUGCUGAAACGGUAAAACAAGAGGAGAGAGAGACGGCCAGCAAGACUCCAGCACCUGCCCCCCCAAGCAAGCCACCCCCUGAGAAACGAGCCAGGUUGCAAUGAUCACACACACACACACACACACACACACACACACACACACACACACACACACACACACACACACACACACACACACACACACACACUGGACUCUGAGAUAAUGAGGAUGGAGUUCCUAAGGACUGAGUUUGGAAAGGGAUUACUGCACCUCAGGAAUGCCUGACAGCAUUUCAGAAUAUAUAUAUAUAUAUAUAUAUAUAUUCAGAAAUAUUUAUAAUGUCAAGGCUUUGUUUGUCUACCUUUUAUAUUAUGACAUUUUUUGUAAAAACACAUGCAGGUAUAUAGUACAGGGAAUAAACUUGGUCAUGGUUUUCUUGGUCUAAUGGCUCUAUACACAAUCAAUUGGACAAUUUAAGGUUCAUGAAAAUUACAUCUUUUUUGUGUCAAGAGUUUCUUCAUUCAACUUUGUAAAUUAAUGAAUGGUUUUGUUUGGUUUUGUUUUGUAUUUUUUGUCGGUGUUUGACAACCUUUUGAUAUAUGUGAAUAAAUAGAUGAAACAGA